AUGUCGGAAUCCGCUAUCAGUUUAGACGUCAAUGACAUCAAAGAGUGGCGCUCCAUCGUCACUCUCAUCGUCUUUGUCGUGACGAAUCUUGCCGUGCUCUUCCCUUUUGACGUUCCCAUUUACCUGCCUAGGGUGUUUGUGGAGGGAACCUCACGUCUUCUACGUCGCUUGCGCGUCAUCUCGCCACAAGACUCCCAGCAUGGACUGCAGGGCUACGCUCUGGGGAAGCCCAAGACCUUUACUCGGUUACUGCUUCCCAUCAACUUUCUGACUGCGCCCAUCAUAGCGGACCUGUUUCUGCUCGCUAUACUGGCCAUCGGUCGGGAAGAGGUGGCUGCAGGGACCAUUGGCGCCCACCACAUCAACCCCAUCGACAUCAUGGUCUUCUUCAUCACAUUGGCGUACAUCGCCAUCUCCAUCGAUGCCUCAGGUCUCAUCAGAUAUUUGGCAUUCAAGGUUCUUCAAUGGGGCGGUAAGGCGGGGCACAGAUUAUUCUUCUACCUGUAUACCUUCUUUUUCGCCCUCGGCACCUUUAUCGGGAAUGACCCCAUCAUUCUCUCCGGCACGCCCUUUCUGGCCUACAUGACACGAGUUUCGAGCAAUAUCGAGCACCCAAGGGCUUGGAUUCAUACUCAGUUUGCUAUCGCUAACGUCGCCUCUGCCAUUCUUGUCUCCUCUAAUCCAACCAACCUCGUGCUCGCCGGUGCAUUCCAGAUCAAGUUUGUGGAGUACACGGCCAACAUGAUUGUCCCUGUUAUCUUCACAGCUAUUUUGCUGUUUCCUUGUUUGUUGUAUAUCGUUUUCCGCAAGGACACUUUGGUCCCAAAAACAAUUACGAUGCACGAGUUGCCUGAGGAACAUCGGGCCAAGAAGCCGGUCAACCCGAACAUUCCACACGCCAGAGGCAACCCGGAGGAUCAGGAGGACGAGGAUAAGAAACUUCUCGAGCUGGAAGAGAUCCUGAACCCAUAUCUGGACAAGCCAAGCGCCGCAGUCGGGGCCGUCAUAAUGGCUGCCACACUCAUCACUGUCCUGGUCCUGAACGCAGUCAGCUCGGGCUCAGGGGAGCACCCUGUCUUCUGGGUCACACUACCAGCUGCAUUCGUAAUGUUCUGUUGGGACAUCACCUAUGGUUGGAUCCAUCGCGCGGAAACCCGUGAAAUAGCAAGAAAAGGCCGGGAGGAAGCCGAGACCGCGCGCGCUGAGCGACUGUUGAGAGAGCAAGCCGCCAAUAGAGACAUAGGGCAGCAUCAGCGCCUGAGCUCAAGCCAGGACACGAAUUCUGCAGCAUUGAACUCCGAGAAGGCACCUUCUCAAGAUCAGGAUCGCGGCGUUCAGGGUGCAGAUAUCGCGCCGACGGCCGCCCGAUCUGGUGAGAUCAACGAGAAGUCUGGACCAGGAAAUGGUGUCUUAGGCAGAGGACCUAACGGCAACUUCGAACCCACGAGCGAGAAAAGAAACGAGGCCACGGUCCCAGCCUAUGAGUCGCACCCGCGCACACUUGCGUCCGCCUCGGAUGGCGCGCACAGCUGGUGCCAGGAGACCUUUCCCACUACCACUGCCGUGCUCUCACUCCUGCCAUUUGCAUUGGUUCCAUUUGCUUUUGCGAUGUUCGUGCUCGUGGAAGCACUUGUCACUAAAGGAUGGGUGCCGGUCUUUGCAUACGGAUGGGAUCACUGGGUGGAGAAGACAGGAGUGGUCGGCGCGAUAGGUGGAAUGGGCUUCCUGUCCGUCAUUCUGUGCAACUUCGCAGGUACUAACAUCGGCACAACCAUUCUUCUAUCCCGAGUGAUCCAGGCAUGGGAAGAAAUACACAAAGAGAACGGCAUUCCGAUUUCUGAUCGAAUGUUCUGGGCUACCGUUUACGCCAUGGCACUGGGUGUUAAUUACGGUGCCUUCAGUACCGCCUUCAGCGCAUCGCUAGCUGGCAUGUUGUGGCGGGACAUUUUGGCUAGGAAGAACAUCAAGGUCCGGCAGCUCGAGUUCGCCCGAGUCAACUUCCCUAUCAUCGCCAUAGCCAUGAUCAUCGGCUCCGUGAUCCUCAUUGAGAGACGGAAAGACGACGCCGUCGAAACUGAUCAGUGUGAAGCCUCACUGAGCAUCAUCUGCAGGCCUGAAGUUUCCUGCUGA